AUGUUCGCUCUCGACACGCACGAACCUCAGGUCGAGUCGGCCGACGGCCUAAAGAUCUGGGCGGCCCAGGCCGGCCGGUCAGCCAAGGAGGCGCCGACCAUUGUCUUUGUCCCCGGCUUUGCCAGUUCGGCGCUUCUCUUUGACCACCAGUUCCGUGACGAAGAGUUGCUGUCAAAGUACUGUCUGGUGAGACAUCCCUCGCAUGUUUAUCAUGUUUACAAUGGUUGCCUACUGCGCUCAGUCAUUAUUUACACGCUUGCCCAGAUCACCUACGAGCCCCGUGGGCAGGGCCGGUCCGACUCGCCCACCAAAGAUGAGCAGUGGACGUCGUUGUGCCACGCCCAAGACUUUGCCGCAGUCUGCGCCUACUACGACGCCUCCAAGGUCUUUGCUGCGGGCUGGAGUGCCGGAUGCACCAUUAUUUCGGACGUCUUCGAGCACGAUUUUGGUCAUCUCCUCGCCGGCCUGAUCUAUCUCGCCGGCGUGCCCUAUUUGGAACUGUUUCCCAAAGUCAACUUUCCCACCGUGGGCAAGUAUUACCAGCCCAUCAAAGAAGCCUCCACGGGCGACACCCACGGCCAAAUCAUAGCCAACUUUCUCAACAUAUGCAUCUGGAAGCCCAACCGCGAAGCAAUGUCCUACACCUUCCGGUCGGCGCUCAUCGGUACUGUGGCCACGACACCCACGACGGUCCGCCUCCACAGCCAGACCAAGCACGCCCAAAACCCGGCCAAGCUGCUGGCCGCCAUUCCCAACUACGAAGCGCUCUUCAUCGUCGGCGAACAGGAAGAGGUCGUGAAGCCAGACGCCUCGGUUGCCUUGUUCCAGGAGAUGUUCCCGCGUCUGGAUGCGGUGCGCGUGCCGGAGGCGGGCCACGCGGUGUAUUGGGAGCGGCCCGCAGAGACGAACACGGCCAUUGUCAAGUUUGUUGACCGGGUGGUGAAGGCAUAG